AAUCUUAAAAGUUAAAACCCUAGCUUCAACUUAGAUUAUGUCUCUCUACAUAACAUAUACACAUAAUAUAUAUAUGUACACAUACUUGUAGAGCACAUGUGCAUGAGAAAGUGAGAGAUACUAGUGAAACAUGGAGGUGAAGAAAGAUGAGAACAGUUUCUUAGAAAACAUGAAAGAAGAGGUAAAACAGAAUAUAAAAGAAGAAGAAACAGAAGAAGAUAUACUAAAGAAGAGAAUCUCAAGCCACCCUUUGUAUGGACUUCUUCUUCACUCACAUCUCAACUGUUUAAAGGUGUGUUCCGGCGACGUUGACUCACCGGAGAUCAUGAACACGGCGGAUGAUCUUUCCCUAACCAAACUCUCUCUCCACUCUGAUAUUUCCCCCGAAGCUUCCUCUUCAGAACUUGAUCAAUUCAUGGAAGCGUAUUGCACGAGUCUACGGGAGCUCAAGGAAGCAAUGGAGAAGCCUCUCAUGGAAACGCACCGUUUUGUGGAUGCGGUGUACAAUCAGCUAAACGACAUCGUUAUGUCAUCAUCCCCUUAAAAAGGGGUAACAAAUGAAACAACUGUUUUGGUGCUAUCAUCUUAAAAGCAUCAUCUCGUGUGCUGCGUUUUCGGAACGUGUUUCGUAGAAUCGCUUAAUGGUGUAAUCUUAAUUUACGGAAAAUUACUAUCAUGCUCUCUCCUGA